CUGGGAUACAGCUAAAUAUAAGUGUCAAAUAUUCUGCGUUAUUUCGUUUUUUCGACAUAAUUUUCACGAAUAGUUUGUGUUUCUGAAGACGUUUCUUCAUAUAUUCGUUUUGUUUAAGGAAACAGUAGGCAAGUGGCUGGAAACAAAAUCUCAGGAUGAUGGACGCUCUCGCCGUCGUGACCCAGCUCCGGGACUUGGCUUCAGAACCGCAGAACAGAGAGGCUAUAGUCCAGGACCAAGGGUGUCUACCUGGCUUGGUUUUGUUUUUAGAUCAUCAGGAUUCCCAAGUGUUGUACUCCACUUUACAGACUCUUCGUUACCUCGCAGAAUCUCCAUUGAACAUAAAUAUAAUGAAAAAUGAACUGGGCAUGAUGGUGAGCUUGGAGAAUCUGAUGGAGAGGGGCGGGGCUAACGAUGACAUCGCCGUGCUUGCCCAGGAAGUGCACGGCAUUCUGAGCGCGCCGGAAGCUCCCCGAACCCCGGAAAGAUCUAGAAGGAAAAUGAAACCGCAGUUCUUCCUCAACAGCUCCAACAAGAAGGCCAAAUCCGUCACCCUGUACAUACAGGGACUGGACACUACUGACAAGCGGGGUCUUUGUGAGGACGCGCUGCUGAAGGUCCGAGGGGUGAUCAGCUUCACCUUCCAGAUGGCCCUGAGGAGGUGCACGGUGCGCAUCCGCGCCGAUCUGUCCACCGAGAGCUUGGCCUCUGCCAUCGCUGCUACCAAAGUGCUCACCGCACAGCAGGUGGUGAAGAACGAAUCGGGGGAAGAGGUUUUGGUUCCCCUCUGCACCUCCGGCGCGCCCGUCCAGGAGAACGCCAGCCUGCCGGACUACCUCCCCGAGGACGAGAGCCCGGAGAGGGACACGGACAAGGCGGUCUCCAGGACGACCGCCAAACAGGACUCCACUGGGAGCUGGCUGAACGCGGCGGCCGGGUUCCUCUCCAAGACCUUCUACUGGUGAACCCUGACCCUGCUGGGGGUGUGUGCGCUGAUCGAGCAGCACAGAGGCCUGUUUCACAGAGCAGGAUUACUGAGUCAGCUGGAUAACUGCACCAAGUAAAACCCGGAACCCUCCCAAAACUGGAACAUGGACUGAAGUAAAAAGAGCUGUUCAAGGUUUUACUGAGUGCAGUUAUCCAGCUAACUUAGCAACCCUGCUUUGUGAUUCAGGCCACGUGACGUAGCAGGAUUACUGAGCUGGCGGUGUAACAGCACUGAGUAAGAACACGGGACAGCUCUUUUUACUUCAGUCCAUGUUUCAGAUGUGGGAGGUUCCGUGUUUUACUUGGUGCAGUUAUGCAGACAACUCAUUAAUCCUGCUUCGAGGUACGGGCCCCCGAUCCCCUGAUUUUCAUGUCUUGGUAGUAGAGUGGGAGGGGCUAACAGUUCAAGGAUCAGUUAGUCUGAACGUGGCGACGCCCACAAAGGCACCCAUUGGCUCACCGCUGACACUCUGCAUGUGCAGUGACCAGCACUCUCGCUGCAGUGCCCUUCACGUUUCCUACACUCUGAGAUUGUCUGUUUGUCCACUGCUGUCGACUUUUUAGUGUUCUGUAAAUAUUUGUUUUGUUUUUUUAAUCCUUUACAAAAAGGGAGGGGGUGUGCUUUGACAUUACCCCUCUGGUGACAGUUGGCUUGCAACCUGGCUGUGAGCAUCGUGCAGUCAGGAGAAGGCUUGUAAAACGCGCAUUUGGUUUUUCAAAUGUUGUAUUGCUGCACGUUUACAGGAAAUAAACACGGACGGAAAUGGGA